UUUGAAAAAUGGGAGAGCUAGCGCUGUAGCCAUCAUGGAACACAGAAGUAGAUAUUGAAACGUUGGUUUAUUUCGAUUAAUUGUUAAUAGGAAGACACAAUGGUGUCUGCUUAGCCCCCCCCCCCGAAUAAAAUGGCAAAUUUAAUGUACAGUACUUGUUUCUACUUAUAAAUAAAAUCAGAUUUGUAAAGUACAUCAUUAUUUUUGAGGUAUGCCAAAGCUGUGUUUUGGAAGUUAUGACCCUUGAGUCAUGUUGAGCCAGAUUUUUGAUAGAAAAUCAUAAUUUAAAGAGACUUACGCAAGUAGAUGAGCACCGACUUCUGUACCACUCCAUCAGUUGUACAGAGUGCUAAGGAUGGCGACAUUGAGGAAGUGUAUAAACUGAUACAGAAUGGUGCAGAUGUGAAUUCUGUCAAUUAUUUGGGUCAGACAGCCUUACAUAUGGCGGCAACAGCUGGCAAUGAAAAUCUUGCUAAAGUUCUAAUAGACGCAGGCGCAGAGUUAGAGGUCACAGACAGGAAAGGCCAAACUGCACUGUAUAAAGCUGUGUUCAAUCUUCACAUCAGCACAGCAAGUCUAUUGCUAAAGACAGGAGCAGAUCCAGAAGGGAGUCCAAAAAAUAUCAGCACCCCUCUACACAUAGCUGUCAUGCACAAGAAUGUGGACAUUUUACAGCUUCUACUGGAAUACAAUGCCGCUGUGCACUUUAGCAAUGGCCGAGUCUGCGCAGUCGACUUCCUUCUUUCUACAACUGUAGAUAACCGUGUGUGUUUUGACCUGAUUAAGUCACUGUUACAACACGGCUGUGAGAUCGACUAUAACCAUGUGACACGUCAGACGAUGACGAUGUCGCCACUGUUUGCCUGCAUCUUCUAUCUGAAGCCGGCGGCCAUAUUGGUUAUGCUGUAUGAGUUUGGAUGUGGGAGGUGGAACUUUAACUGGAGAGAUGACUGUCUGUAUGACAGGAGAGAGGACAAGGAGUUUGUGAAGGACUUCAUCAGGGAGAAAGCUGCCUCUCCUCGCUCUUUGGUGUCUGCUUGCCGAGUGUUCGUGUAUCAAUGUCUCCAGAGGAAACCACUCCUUUAUAUCAAUCACCUUCCCCUACCAAAGACAAUGAAGGACUAUUUAGCAUUCAGUGAUGUAGUUUAUUUCUGAGGAAAUCAACUGUGAUGCAGAAUCCAAUAUAUAUGUUCAAUAGGAUUGCCUGUGUUUGACGUCGGGCUUCCAUUAAGCAGGAAUGUUCUUUGUGUAGUUGUGAUACUUUUUAGUAUAACUUCCUUGUUACAUACAGUACUGUGAGUAUGCUGCCUGUAAUGUGUAUUUAUUUGACUUAUAUUGGUUUUCCUGUUUUGUAUUCAUAAAUGUAUUUACGAUAACACAAUAAAUAUUUAUGUCAGGUUUAAAA